UACAUGAUGCGCUUGCUCUUCGAAGGGUUGCCGGCAGCUUUUGCAAGAAUGCGCACCGUAGACAGCUUGACAGAGUUGGACGACUCUGCAGCAGAAGCACAAGCUGCCCACACUGCUCAAGCAGUGUGGAGACUCCUGGAUCGGGUAGAGAGGUUCUUGGUCCGGGUAGAAAAAGAACCACCACCCAAUGGCGCAGCCACCGUCCAGGUCGUCUUGCGGCCGUUUCUGUUCGAGAUUUUUCGUGGGAAGGUCGACGAAGAUCACAACGAGGACGCGAUGCUGACAAGGCUGGUGGCACACCGUGACAUUGGAUCAGACAAGAUCCAGAACGCGAUUGUCAAGAAGGUAGAAUCUCUCGAGACAAGUCGACAAGAGCAGCGAAUUGAGAUUGACCCCAUUUGGGCCAUCCAAGCUUACGCUUCUUCAAAAGCGCUACGCAGACCGAUGGCCGCUGUCAGGCUUUUAAAUAGCGACUGACCUUGCCACUUGAAUUACCUUCUUUCAGUCAUUCCGUGGUAAUGAUUGCAGUGUAUUCGCCCAGGGAACGACUGCGACUUCAACUGCAAGAGCGGCCAACUCGGCUUGCAUGCGGGAAGAGAAGGGCUUAGAGCGAUUUUUUUGCCUUUCUUGCUUCCUUCCAGAGAGAUUGGGCCUUCCUCUUCUGGGGCCUUUUCUUUGUGUCGCUCCAGUAGAAAACCGCUACACGACGAAUCCGAACGGGGCUGGUCAGGAAGGAGGCCGGGGACGGUGUGUCUCUUGCCAAGGUCCCCUCUUGCCUCUAACAGGCUCUCUUACUUCUGAUUGCCGGCUGACGCUUCCCUGUUUCGCUCCGACCCGGCCAAGGUCUCUCACACACCGUUCCACUUGUCGUGGGCACGCAGUGCUCGGCUUUCCUGGUCGGUAGCGUGUGCGCCACCUGCAGCGAAUCCAGAUCAUGUACAGACCCUGACGACGUGGCUGGGGUCUUUGGUUUUGGCAGUUGAGUUCGUACUUUCUGGGACCGACAGGCGCAUUUUCGCCGAUGCUUGGCUCACAAUUUGUUUUUUUGCCAUAAGGAAAAGCGCAGCACCUUCCGCUCUCAUGAGGAAAAGCGCGCAGUUUGUUUUUUUGCUUUGAGUUAACCUAGAGGAAAACACAGGGCGCUUUGUCAGUUCCUGGCUUGCCUGAUAUUUUUUCUGUAAAACCUCCAAGCUAUAGAAGAAGCUCUCACCUUGUUUUUUCGAGGCUUGCAGUUGCAAGCGAGGCCGGCGCCUCCUUUGGCCCGGUCGUACUUGUGUUUGCGAAACUGCGGUCAGCUUCUUUUGUAAGUAUAUUCUUGUGGGUGCGACAGCAAGUGUGGUUGUUAGCGCAAAGGCAAGACAGAUCGCGAAUUGCAGGAGGUAUUCGGCUGUGCAGCGAUUUUCGUGUGUUAUUGCGUGGCUAGUAAAACACAAAUGCACCUUGUGCAGGAUCUUGUCCCGGGAGGCCAUUUAGCUUUGCCGGAUUUGUUGGCUUCGUUUUUUGUGUGCGACGAUCAUGGUUACGCUGAGGCUGACACCCACAUGCUUGCGGUGCUGCAGAACGAGCUUUUGUGCAUCACAGGAUGUGAACUACUUGAAAUUGCGCGGCAACAUCUACAUCGGCCGCCCCCGAAGGAGCAGACAGAGCACAUCGGGAGCGUCGAAGACACCGCUUUGAGAAUGACGACCGCGGCUCGAAGGCUCUUGUACCUCCUGAGAUAUAAGCAAAUCGUGCACUCUGUGAUCCAAUACAAGCGAGGCUGUGGGGAGACUGCGAUAUUGGAGGACCCGUUUCUCCAAAGAGGCAUUUGGGAACCCAUUUGGGACGAGGAAUCCAAUCGGCCCAGACUUGCUUUCCAUUCGCAAGACGAGGCAAGCGUCCCGCAGUCGGUUUCCGAUCGUGAGGAGCAUGACAUGGAUUCGGCGAAGGUGGAGCUGGUGGACAUUAAAGCAUGGGAGUGCGAAGGACUCAUAGGCGCGGCGUUCCACGGUCCUGCCCCAAGGACUAGCGGCGAGCUACAAGUGCUGCGUUAUGUUUCUAUUCCCGGCCUCAAUCCGCUCGAGCUGGUGGAAAUUCCAUCGCCACUUGCAAAAGGAGCCCAUGGCGGGUCAGAUGCUGCCUUCGCCACGUUCUUGCAAUUGCGCGGCGAGCCUAGGGGGCUUGCGUGGUCUCCUGCUGAAGCUGCAGCGGCCGGAGGGGGGAUAGAUAGAGCCUUGCGGAUAUGCGAGGUUUGGACACUGACAGUUUCUUUACUAGCCGCAGCGCCACUGCGAUGCAUGCCCGACCCCGCGCUGGACGCAAUGCCACGCCGCGCGGCGACGCGCAUGAGAUGCGCGCGCCGGACAAGGUCCGUCAGUUUAAUUUUUUCUAUGCACUGCCCCCGAGCAUGUGCACGAACACGAACCGACCUGAUUUGCAUUGCUUGUGCGCCAGAUCUGUGUUGGCCAUGCUUUCAUACGACCUAAGUUAGCCGCGGCUUCUUGAACGCGCAAUGCCACGAGGUUUUCCUUUUGCUUGAAGCGCGGCGACGAUGUUGGCAUAUGUCAGGUGUCUUUUGUUUCAUACGUCGAAGCCGUGCAUCCUGCCCAAUGGCAAUACUUGGACGGGCAGCAGCUCGGCUUCGUCUGUGUUGCCCUUGUCGUGGUCUUCGUCAUGUGGCGCCUCAACGUCUGCCGGCGUUGCUGCAGACCCUCCGGGCUGACAGCCCCGGCACUCUGCGGUGGUCAGACGAAGUUUAGCAAAGCGAAGUUGGGAUCCGCACGGCAGAAAAAGCAAACGACCAAGCGUUCCAAAGUCUGCCAUUGCGUGAGUGGCCCUGGCUGCGCGCCCGCCACCCCAGCGGAACCCCAACAAGAAGCACAAUGCAGCCGCGCCGGAGUGAGCGGAAAUAAGACCGAGUCACCGUGUUCGGUGUUGGACCAAGAAGAUACGGGGGAGAGAGCCCUGGAGCCGGCCGACCCGGAGCUUUCAAGAAGCGAAGCGCUGGACGAGGGCAGCCGCGAAGCGGAUGCAGAGGAGGAACACUGCCUCGUGGCCGGUGUGCGGGAAGAUGAAAAAUUGCGAAGCCACGAAUGGGAGCAGGACGAGGCGAAUUUCACCCCGAAUACCCUUUCUGUGUCGGACCUUGCCACGCUCGCUGCUUUUGACGAUGCGGCCGCGACCGAGAGCGAGCAGGAAGAUUAUGAGCAGGCUGUCUUGUUGGCGAGCAAAUUAAGAAACAAGCGUAAGUGGUAA